UCAUGAGGAAUUUCAGGUGUGAAUGGUCAUUAACAAAUCUUUUGUUUCUAAGGGUGGGAGAGGUCUGAGGUGUGAAUUGGUCAUUACAAUGUGUGACAAGCUUGGUAGGAACAUCCUGUGUUCAGUGUUUUGUCCAUCCGAGUACCUUGAAAAUGCUUUGCAUGCAUUUUUCAUGAUGAAAAAAGGCUCUGGACAGCAUCGGAAACUGGAAGAGUUAAAAAAAAAAAAAAAUUCAGACGCAAAUGCGAUUUGCCGUGUUUACAGGUGUUUUGCGUUUGAAACGUUGAUAAAAUCGAAUGCUGAACGCAAGUUUUCUGCG